AGACUAUGAGUUAUGUAUGAAUGGCCCAUUAUAGUGGUACGACAACUACUAGUAUACUCAGUAUAUCGUUAUAGAGACCUGUAACAUCUUUGCUUUGCGCCUUCAGGUCUUACGAGGAGCACCUGACUGCAGGAGACAGCGCACUGGCCGAUGGGAAGCUGGACGUGGCAGAAGAGAACUUUGCGUCUGCUCUCAGACUGAUUCACGAUCCUAACAAACCAGAUCGAUGUAAAGAGGCAGACUGCCUGUGCAGACUGGGUGACGUUUACAUCCAUCGUGGUAAGAGAACAAAAGAAGGUAGGAAAUUCACACAGGCAGCAGCUCUGUACAACGCAGCCAUGGCAAGAACAGACAAGAAUAAACAUAGUGUGACAAAAAGAUUGCAGGAGAUAGAGCAAUGGUUUCUCCAGUAUACGGCAAAUGUGCAAAGAAACCACGUUCCUUCUGAUUCGGCCAUGCGUCAAAAGAAGCGAUUAGAAGAGAUGCGCACGAGAGCCAAGUCACAACUAGACGACAUUGAUCAGCAACACAAUCCGUACCAAUACGACGAGGAAGAUCCAGUCAUGAUAGCAGUGGAGGUUGAGAGAGCUGAAGCAGUCAAGGCUUUAUUCAAGAACAUCGCUAGGGAUAGGCAGGAGUUUAUCAAGGACCUUGUUGAUGAAUGCAUCGCCACACUCGGUCCUCCUUCAUGUAAAUACGCUUUUAUCGGACUGGGCUCACAGGCAACAGAACUGGUAACACCGUACUCUGACCUGGAGUUCGCCAUUCUGAUUGAAGACGGAAAGGACAAUGAAGACACACGGCGGUACUUCAUCAACCUCACACACUAUCUGCACAUGAAAGUUAUCAACCUCGAAGAGACCAUUCUUCCGUCAAUGGCCAUCCCGUCACUUAACGAUUUUCCAGAGAAAGACUGGUUCUUUGACUCUGUCACACCGCGUGGAUUUGCCUUCGACGGCUUCAUGCCAUGGGCUAGCAAGACUCCAUUUGGAAGAGACCAGACGAAGACCAAGCCUCCCGUCAGCCUUAUCCAGACCCCUGCCGAAAUGGCAAAGUUUCAGCAGCUAGAGGUUUCUGUCACAGAAGGAUACCACCUAUCCGACAUCCUCAGACGAGUUGUUUUCUUGACAGGAGAAGAGGCCCUCGUGACCGAGUACAUGAAGGAACUCAAACGAAUCAUCACGGAUUAUCUAAUCUCCCGUUCCCAGUCCCGUCUGUGUACAAUGCAAAUGUUGUGGGAGCACUGGGAGCAGCUUUCCACCCUCGAGCCAACCGGACAACUGUUAAAUGUAAAGAAAGACAUAUAUCGUUUUCCGGGUGUAGCCAUUGAAGUACUAGCUUUGUGUUGUCAGAUCACCCUCGCUAGCACGUGGAGUGUGAUAAACAAAUUGAAAGAAACGGACAAGAUCCAUGAAGAUAAUGCCACCCACCUUACAGUACUGACCAGCAUUUCGGCAGAGCUCCGGUUAAGAACAUACUUGCACAGCGGGGGACAACAAGACAGUAUGUCCCCUCUUACCCAGAUGAAAUACCAGUCAAAACCGCAAGAGGUAUCCGACACUACCCUAGGUCUUAUUUCAGUAUUCCAAAUUCCAGACAUACAAGUUCUUUUUAGAUACUACUGCAGGGCAAUCCCUUUAAAGAAGUGUGUACUGGACAGUUUUCGUGACCAAUCGAAAUUCAUUUUGCAAACGAAAAUCUUAGAUGUCUCUCAUGAAUGUAGAGGCCGAAUAUCCAGAAAACUAUUUCUGUAUGGUAGAGCCAAACACCACCUGAAAGCAGCAUUAGCAGAAGCGGGUAGCGACAUGAUCAAACGUUCGGACAUACUUGACGAAUUGGGCACCCUCUGGGCAUUCUUUGAUGAUAGUAAAACAGGAGUUAAGGUCAAUGAAGAGUCACUUAGGAUACGUAAAAGUAUCUAUGGAGACAACACGGCACAUCCAGACAUUGCCAUGUCGCUUAUCAACCUUGGGUCAUCUUGGAGUAAACUCGGUGAUCACAAGAAAGCUAUCAGCUACUACGAACAAUCAUUAAAGAUGCAGAAAACUAUCUAUGGAGAAAACACGGCACACCAAGACAUUGCCGUGUCACUUCAAAACCUUGGAUUGUCUUGGAGUGAACUCGGUGAGUACAAUAAAGAUAUCAGCUACUACCAACAGUCAUUAACUAUGCAGAAAACUGGCUAUGGAGACAACACGGCACAUCCGGGUAUUGCCACGACACUACAUAGCCUUGGGUCAUCUUGGAGUAAACUAGGUGAUUACAAGAAAGCUAUCAGCUGCUACAAACAGUCAUUAACUAUGCAGAAAACUAUCUAUGGAGACAACACGGCACAUCCGGACAUUGCCGCGUCAUUUCAAAACCUUGGAUCAUCUUGGGGUGAGCUCGGUGAUUACAGAAAAUCCAUCAGCUGCUACGAACAGUCGUUAAUGAUGCAGAAAACUAUCUAUGGAGACAACACGGCACAUCCAACCAUUGCCACGUCAUUAAACGGCCUUGGAUUGUCUUGGAGUAACCUUGGUGAUUACAAGAAAGCUAUCAGCUGCUACAAACAGUCAUUAAAGAUGACGAAAUCUAUCUAUGGAGACAACACGGCACAUCCGGACAUUGUCGCGUUGCUUAUCAACCUUGGAUCAUCUUGGAGUAAACUCAGUGAUCAUAGAAAAGCUAUUAGUUACUACGAACAUUCAUUAAAGAUGCAGACCACUAUCUAUGGAGACAAAACGGCACAUCCGCACAUUGCCAAGUCACUGCACAACCUUGGAUUUUCUUGGAGUGAACUCGGUGAACACAGGAAAGCUAUCAGCUACUACAAACAGUCAUUAACUAUUCAGAAAACUAUCUAUGGACAAAACACGGCACAUCCUGACGUUGCCGCGUCAUUGAACAGCAUUGGAUCAUCUUGGAGUUGUCUUGGUGAUCACAGAAAGGCUAUCAGCUACAAAGAACAGUCUUUAGCGAUAAACAAAACUAUCUAUGGACAGAACAAUGCACAUCCGCACAUUGCGGCGGUACUAAACGGCCUUGGUUGGUCUUGGAUGGAAAUCGGGGAUUACAAGAAAGCUAUCAGCUACUGCAAACAGUCACUAUCGAUGAGGAAAACUAUCUAUGGAGACAACACGGCACACCCAGACAUUGCCGCGUCGCUUAUCAACAUUGGAUCAUCUUGGAGUCGCCUCGGUGAUCACAAUAAAGCUAUCACUUACUACGAAAAGUCAUUAGCGAUGCAGAAAACUAUCUAUGGAGACAACACGGCACAUCCAACCAUUGCUGGGUCACUAAACAACAUUGGAUCAUCUUUGAGUGAACUCGGCGACCACUUGAAAGCUAUCGACUACUACGAACAGUCAUUAGCGAUGAGGAAAACUAUCUAUGGUGACAACACAAUGCAUCCGGAUAUCGCAGCGUCGCUAAACAGCCUGGGAAUAUCUUGGCGUGAACUCGGUGAUUACAAGAAAGCAAUCAGCUACUUCGAACAAUUAAUAAAUGUAUGAGAAAAACUAUCUAUGGACACAACACGCCACAUCCGGACAAUGCCCUAAAUCAACACUUUACUGCUUUAAACUAGCAUGGACCAACAUUGGUGAUCAUAACUUAAGAGAGCGAUGGAGUACAGGCAGCAAUAACAAAAUACGCAGAUGGCUUUUCAUGAUUCUAAAUCAAAUUUUAAAAGAUGGGCUGUGAAUGAGAUUAUUACUUCUCUAGUGGUGAAAAUUGAAUAAAUUGUGACAUAUCACUUAUAUUUUAGUUAUGCAUUACGACCAAGCACUAAAUUAAACAUUACCAUGGAUAUGAAUGUUUACUCGAUACCCCAGAUAUUGUUUGUGCUACUUAACAGGGGUGUAAAUUUCAUGUAUAACAAAAAGGAAAGAUGCAAGUAUAGAUAUAUGUUGGUUAUUAGUACUAUAUUUCCUUUCUAUGGCACAACCCUGCUGUCGUCUCACAAAUGCCUGAGCAUGCGACAACGAAUCCUGUUAUAUGAUACAGAUGUAAUUAUUUCACUUUCCGUGCUAAUGAUACCUAUGUAUAAAACAAUGACAUUGACAAAGUAUCAUUGGAGAUAUCUAUUUAUUUAUUUAUUCGUUCGGCUGAAAUGACAGUCAGCCAAGGUCGCCAAACUAGCCGUGGUGAACCAAAAUUGUAUUUCCACACUUCCAUUUGUAAGUUUAGAUGUUGCCUUUUAUCUCUGUGCUGCGUGUACGAUAAAAUGCUAUGCAUGUGAAACUAUUCUUCCGUCGUGUCUGUUAUCGUUAUUACUGUUACUGAGGGAUGUCUUACCGUAAAAAAUGCAGAAGGCUGACUUUGACAGUGGUGUGGUUAUAAUCAAAUGUGAUAAUUAAUUCCAAGUGGCUGGUUUUACGACUUCCGUUUGAUUAAUAUUAUUUUCAGAUAAUGAAUCGAUCUUGCCUUGUACUGGUACUGUUUCUGUGACUAAAAACAUCCAAGAAGUGCUAGUGAGUGUCACCUACACAAUAAAGUGCAAUUAACUUCA